GGGACGCGGCGGCAUGGGCUGCGGGCCCCCGGGUGCUGGCCGCCCGCCGCGCCGCCUGCUGUUGCUCCUGCUGCUGCUCGGCCUGGCCCAUGGCGCGACCGCAGUGCCAGACGCGGCUGGUUUAGAUGUCUGUGCCACUUGCCAUGAACAUGCCACCUGCCAGCAAAUAGGAGGGAAGAAGCUCUGUAUUUGCAACUAUGGAUUUGUGGGCAAUGGGCGGACCGAGUGUGCUGAUAAAAAUGAGUGCCAGUUUGGAGCUGCUGUGGUCUGUGGGAACCACACAUCUUGCCACAACAUACCUGGAGGCUUCUAUUGCAUUUGCCUAGAAGGAUACCGAGCCACGAACAACCACAAGACAUUCAUUCCCAAUGAUGGCACCUUCUGUACAGACGUCGAUGAGUGUGAGGUUUCUGGCCUGUGCAGGCGUGGAGGACAGUGUGUGAACACUCAUGGGAGCUUUGAAUGCUACUGUAUGGAUGGCUACUUGCCAAAGAAUGGGCCCGAGCCUUUCCACCCAGCCAGAGAUGCCACGUCAUGCACAGAAAUAGACUGUGGCACCCCUCCUGAGGUCACACAUGGCUAUAUCAUAGGAAAUUAUACAUCUACACUGGGCAGCGAGGUUCAUUAUGUUUGCCAAGAAGGAUUUUUCAGUGGCCCGGAAGAUACAGUUUCAACCUGCACAGCUUUGGGUACAUGGGAGUCCCCAAAAUUAUAUUGCCAAGAGAUCGACUGUGGCAGCCCUCCGGAAGUGCAGCAUGCAGUCCUGGAGUGGAAUCGUAGCUCCAGCCUGGGCAGUGUGGCUCACUAUGCCUGUCAAGAGGGGUUCGAGAGCCCCGGAGGGAAGAUCACUUCUGUGUGCACAAAGGAAGGCACCUGGAGAGAAAGUGCUUCGACAUGCGCAGAAAUAAUGACAGAAAUUAGUGAUGUGUUAGUGUUUAAUAACACCUGCGUGAGGUGGAAAAUAAACCCAGGAAGAAUGAAUGCCAGGAUCGUAUAUGUGAUAUCCAUCAAAGGACAACGGUUGGACCCUACGGAAUCAGUUCACAAGGAGAUAGUCAACUUGACCACAGACAGCAGGACCCCAGAAGUGUGCCUAGACCUGUACCAAGGCGCCAACUACACCGUGAGCAUUUCUGCUGCCCCUCCCAGACGCUCUGUGCCAGCUUUCAUUUGGUUCCAGACAGCUGAAGAUGAUAUCUUAGAAGAUGAUGGAAUUUUCAAUAUUUCAAUAUUUAAUGAAACUUGUUUGAAAUUGAAGAGGACUUCUAUGAAAGUUGGAUCAGAACAAACAUACCAAUUUAAAGUUCUGGGUCAAAGGUGGUAUCUGAAUAAUUUCUAUCAUGCAACAUCAUUUAACUUCACUACGAGGGAACAAGUUCCGGUAGUGUGUUUAGAUCUGUACCCAGCAACUGACUACUCCGUGAAUAUUACCUUGCUGGCAUCCCCCAAGGAGCGCUCAGUGCAAAUCACGAUAAAAACUGCACCAGCCGUGAAACAGACCAUCGUUAACAUUUCAGUAUUUAAUGAAACCUGCUUGAAAUGGAGAAAUAUCAAGACAGCUGACAUAGAGGAGAUGUAUUUAUUCCACAUUUGGGGCCAGAGAUGGUAUCAGAAGGAAUUUGCCCAGGAAAUGGUCUUUAAUAUCACUACCAGCAGCCAGGCCCCUCAGAUGUGCUUGGACCUGCAUCCAGGUACCAACUACAAUGUCAGCGUCCUGGCUUUGUCUUCUAAACUUCCUGUGGCCAUCUCCCUGACAACCCAGAUAACAGAGCCUCCCCUUCCAGAAGUGGAAUUUUUCAUAGUACAUGGACGGCCUGUACCACCCCUGAAACUAAGGAAAGCCAAGGAGAAAAAUGGACCUAUCAGUUCGUAUCAGGUGCUAGUGCUUCCACUGGCUUUUCAAAGCACAUUUCCUUGUGAUUCCGAAGGGGCUGCCUCGUUUUUUAGCAAUGCCACUGAUGCUGAUGGAUACGUGACUGCAGAACUACUGGCCAAAGAUGUUCCGGAUGAUACCAUUGAGAUACCUAUUGGAGACAGGCUGUACUAUGGGAAAUAUUAUAAUGCACCCUUGAAAAUAGGAAACAAUUACUGUAUCAUAUUACGAAUCACAAGUGAAUGGAAUAAGGUGAGAAGAUACUCCUGUGCAGUUUGGGCUCAGGUGAAAGAUUCAUCCCUCAUGCUGCAACAGAUGGUGGGUGUUGGACUAGGCUCCAUGGCUGUUGUGAUCAUUCUCGCAUUCCUGUCCUUCUCAGCAGUAUGAUGGCACACUGGCCCUGCGUGGGAAGGAUGUCCUGCCGCCGGGGCAGGUCUUAUGACAGUUUUUCAGAUGCCUACACAGAGGCCCAUGUGGCUUCUAUCCCAAGGUGUGUGGGCCUGCAACUUUCUCUACUUCCAGCUUGGCCCCAUUUCUGGAUUCCAGGAGGUGGCCAUCUCUAUGGAAUCUCCUGAAAGGGGAAAACUCAGGGAUUGCUGAUGUUUUCUCUCCUACAAGACCAGUUCGGUGUCUGUGAACUUGAGACCCUUGAUAUACAAUACAGUAUUGACCACAGUCUGCAGAUUAGGGCUGUGCCGUGCCUUCCUCUGAAUGAUGCCUGAGAGUCAAUUCCCUUAGACACUGAAUGCAAGGAAAUGUCUGCAUCCUCCUUUAUAGCAUCUCUGUUAACUAAUUCAGAUCCCAAUUAUUCAUAAUAGGCAAUAAGAUGAACUUAACUUUGGGCUGAAAUUUCACUUUAUGAAGAAGUUCAUUGAAAAGGAUACAGAACAGUGACAAGAGCAAAUUUUUCAAGUACUUUAGAAGCAGCCUUUUCUUUACAAUUAAUUGAUAUACUAAUUAAAAAGUAUAUUAGCCUGGCUACUCCAUAAAUUCUCUGCAAUCUCUGUUAGGCAGCCUUGCUUUGAUUCAAUUCCAAUUGCCCUAUGUAUUCAAAAGUAAUAAGUCUGCAUUCCAGUUAAAGUAUUCUGUAAUUUAGAUUGUUUUCCCCUGGUUAUUUUUUAUUGCUGAGGUUCUCCUAAAACUGCUCAGUGACUUCCUUUAGAAAUUUGGAUCGGGUGCAGUGUAAUAACAGUGGGUUGAAACUAUAUCAAGCCUAUGGCCAGCCCCACGUGUGUUGCAGGGAGGGGAGCAGUGGUGGGUGACACGAUCAUCCCUUUUAUCUACAACCUGAGCCUUGAUAUGUUAACUGUAAGCAGUGCUGGGCCUACUGACAAUAUGCUGAAUUUACAAAUGGAGUGGAUUAAAUUUCACUUUUCAAGUCUGAGUCAGUAUUCUUUAACUUUCCUUCCUAACUGGCAGUUUAACCCCAAGUCUCAGUAAGAAUAAAUAAAGGGAGAUGGAGGCUUGUGGCUUCUCUAAGUCACAGUGUUAUUCUCCUCUCUCUUCUCCCCCCACUUUUCUAGGCCUGGAGAAAAAAAGAGAAUGGGGGAGGAGAACAGAUGAUAGUUACAUUGCGCAAUCUCAGGGAGCAGCAUGUGUCUCCUUGGAGUUGUGCAACCUUGGGAUCCUGAGAGGAAGGGACAUGCUGUGGGCUGGCGUGCUCUCUACUGUCUCCCCGAGUAUUAGUAGGGGACAGAUCUGAGUAGCCUGGACUGAUGGGCAGAUGAGACGAUAGCAACAUGUGGAAACUGCGUAUGCUUCCCACUGGGGUUCCUGGUCCAGAGUGUAUCUACUCCAAGGGGAACAGUCAGAGAGAGAGGAGGCAUAUCCUGCUACUUGGGUACUCAAUGCUGGCUGUCAGGCUCUUGAAAGGUGGUUCUUAGUAUUGAAAAUAAUUAUCCUUUAGGGUCUAGGUUCUACCUCAGACUACAACUUAGGAUCAACAUCUAAAACCCUUUCUGCAUUCAUGUGGAUUAUAGAGGAAAGCCCUUAGUAGACUAUAAUACAUAUAGCUUUCGACUUUUUAACUUCUAUGUGUGAUGAUUCAAACUCAUACUAUUUUCACCAUUCUUGAAUCAAUUUAGAAUCAUUACCAAUGAUUUUGGUUAGUAUAGCGUUGGGCCUCUGAUGCGUAAAGAUUUUCUUCAAAGUCCUUCUCUAUCAAAAAAGAGAGCCUGAGCUCUCUCUACCCCCAUCCCCAUCUCACCAGUUCUAUAAACACCACAUGUUUCUAUAGCCUGCCCUUCUCUCUAAUUUCCAGCCCUGUAAUUACCUGCAAAAGAAGCUACAGUUGUCCACAUGGGAACUUAGAAUAAUUGUCGUUGAGAGGAAGAAAUCCUGCUUGCUUGGUAUCAAAGUUAAAAUAGCUGACUGCAUAUUAAGCAAAAUAUUAACUUCUGAAAACAGUGCAGACAUGUAAAAACAGUUCAUGAAAGAUGACUAAAAUAGCAAAAAUGUGGACUUUGUCACUUGCACUAAAUGUUCUAAAUUAUAAUGCCAAGUUGCUUGGUGUUAAUACUUAACAGAAGCAGGUGCUGAACUUUUUGCAAAAAGCCUAUGCCAUUUCUCUGCAGCUCUUUUCUAAUAGUUUUCUCAUAAACUUGACCAUGGCUUUAAGGUCUCUAAACUCGCGUGGUAGCUGUACCACAACACUGUUAUUUUUUUUUUUCCAAGUGGACACCUGGUUGAAGGGAACGGGACCUAAAAAGACUAAUAGUGGGUCUUCCUGGAGAAUGAAUGCCAGGUCCUUCUGUCAAAGGGCUGAUCCAGGUAGUCCUCCAUAAACUGGGGUGUUGAGCUGCGUUAUGAGUCUGGCUAAAGCUGAAUCCUAAGGGAAGAAUCUUUCCUCUAUUAAUUGUCAUGGGGACAGUGUGUGCAGCUAAGCACUAAGAUCUGGAUUUAAGCUCCCUGCCAGAUCAGAAAUCAGCUUUGUGGGCGGUGGGGGGCGGGGUGGUAGGCUCCCUCAGCUAUGAAGCAUGUUGUCUCUUGGCUGAUGUCUUUGUGCCUAUUACCAGUUAACCAGUUACCGCUGAGUUGAUUCCGACUCAUGGUGACUCCAUGUGUGCAGAGUAGAACUGUGCUCCAUGGAGUUUUCAGUGGCUAAUUUUUUGGAUGUGGUUCACCAGGUCUUUCAUCCAGGGUGCCUCUGGGUGGACUCGAACUUCCAACCUUUCGGUUAGCAGCUGAGUGUGUUAAGCAUUUGCACCACCCGGGGACUCAGUGUCUGUUUAUCUCCUCAGCUGUACAGCAGGGGCAUCCACAUGCAUUCUCUCAUUCCAUCCUCGCAACCAUUGUAGGAAGGCCAGGGGUUAUUAAUCCCCAUUUUAGGAAUGGAGAAAUGGGAUCAGACAGAUAUGAGACUUGAAUUUGUGGGCCCAAGUCUUCUGACUGACUGCAAGUCUAGUUCACUUUACUGGGAAUUGAUAGGCCCUGAGUUAGCUACUGAGCUAAUCUUUGGAUUAGCCCUUUCGUUUCUUGGGAAAAUUACGCCUUUAAGUUUCCAAACAAUAUUUUUUUAACCUUUGCCUUUAAUAUUAUAGCAUAUAUGUCUUGUUCCACUGUAAGGUACUCCCCCCACCCCACCCCAAUCACUUCUAGAGGGAGCUACAAUCAAACAAAUACAUGGAAUAACUAGGGAAAUAAGUAACAGUCUCUGAACAAGACCUGUAAUUGCAGCUAAGACUUAAGAUAGAACACCAGAGCAGAAAAGAUUAUCUUGAAAUUCCAUAUUACCUUGGGAUAAGAGUCAAUAUUUAAAUUCGUUUAAAAGGAAGUAAAAAGAAUUCUCAAUGCUCCCUUUUUAUUGCUUAUCUCAUAUUCUUAUUUUCUAAACCUUCUAUUUUUCCAUUCUAUUCAUCUAAGAGAAAACCAGUGGUAGUAGUAGUCAAUCAAACAGUGUUUUAAGGGCCUUUUGCGUACCACAGCCACUGUCAACUAAACUGAACUACCCCAUUCUGGAGAGGAAAGAGAGUGUAUCUUCCUCUGUGCCCAUGUGGAUGGAUGAUACAAUGACACAAAUCAGAUACUAUGGAAACCAAGCAAAUGGUUUCCUGCCCUCCUGUCUCCCCUUGAUUAAGAAGGCCAUGUUUGCUUGUUAUCGAGAAAGACAGAAAGAGAAGGAGAAAGAUGGGGGGGGGGAGGGCGGAGGAGAGAAAGAGAAUAUAAGAAGAAAGAAAAAGCCUCCAGAGAUUCUACUGUUAACAUUUUGGUGAUAGAUAUCUGUGUGUGUCCAGAUUCAUACUUUCUUGGCACAACUCACAGGGUUACUAGAAUGGGGUCAAACUGUGCACGUGGUUUUAUAAUGUUCUUCUUUCACUCAUCAACAUGUCCUGGAUACAUUUUCAUGACAGUAAUGACUACAUUAUAAGUUUGUACCAUAAUUUAUUUAACCAAUCGUCAAUUGUCCAUUUGUUACCGGGUGGAAACCCCAGAUUCUUACUUGGCAUGACUCAUAUUGGCCAAUAAAUGAGAGCCCAAGGUGAGAGAAUAAGAAAGACGCCUUUAUUUCAUUGUACAAGGAAAUGGAGAAGUCGGAGCUGUUGCCACCAAGACUGCUUGCCAAGGGCAGACAGGCAGGUUACUUUUGUUUUUGUUUUAAUAUUUAUUGUGCUUUAAGUGAAAGUUUACAAAUUAAGUCAGUCUCUCAUACAAAAUUUUAUAUAUACUUCUAGUAGCUCUCCCCCAAUGAGACAGCACACUCCUUCUGUCCACCCUGUAUUACCGUUUCCAUUCAGCCAGCUUCUGUUCCCCUCUGCCUUCUCAUUUCCCCUCCAGACAGGAGCUGCCCACGUAGUCUCAUGUGUCUACUUCAUCCAAGAAGCUCACUCCUCACCAGUAUCAUUUUCUAUCUUAUAGUCCAGUCCAAUCCCUGUCUGAAGAGUUGGCUUUGGGAAUGAUUCCUGUCUUGGACUAACCUCCGAGGUCCUUCUAGUCGCAGUCAGACCAUUAAGUCUUGUCUUUUUACGAGAAUUUGAGGUCUGCACCCCACUGCUCUCCUGCUCUUUCAGGGGUUCUUUUUUGUGUUCCCUGUCAAGGCAGUCAUUGGUUAUAGCCAGGCACCGUCUAGUUCUUUUGGUCUCAGGCUGAUGCAGUCUCUGAUUUAUGUGGCCCUUUCUGUCUCUUGGGCUCAUAAUUACCUUGUGUCUUUGGUGUUCUUCAUUCUUCUUUGCUCCAGGUGGGUUGAGACCCACUGAUGCAUCUUAGAUGGCCGCUUGCUAUUGUUUAAGACCCCAGACACCACUCUCCAAAGUGGGAUGCAGAAUAUUUUCUCAAUAGAUUUUAUUAUGCUAGUUGACCUAUAUAUCCCCUGAAACUAUGGUCCCCAAGACCCCGCCCUUGCUAUGCUGGUCUUUGAAGUGUUCGGUUUAUUCAAGAAACUUCUUUGCUUUUGUUUUAGUCCAGUUGUGCUGACCUGUCCUGUAUUGUGUGUUGUCUUUCUCUUCAACUAAAAUAGUUCUUGUCUACUAUCUAAUUAGUGAAUACUCCUGUCUCUCCCUUUGUCCCCACCCUCCUAACCAUCAAAGAAUAUUUUCUUCUCUAUUUAAGCUAUUUCUUCAGUUCUUACAAUAGUGGUCUCGUACAAUAUAUGUCCUUUUGCAACUGACUAAUUUCACUCAGCAUAAUGCCUUCCAGAUUCCUCCAUGUUAUGAAAUGUUUCACGGAUUCAUCGUUGUUCUUUAUUGAUGUGUAGUAUUCCAUUGUGUGAAUAUACCAUAAUUUAUUUAUCCAUUCAUCCAUUGAUGGGCAUCUUGGUUACUUCCAUCCUUUUUGCUGUUGUAAACAGUGCUGCAGUGAACAUGGAUGUGCAUAUAUCUGUCUGUGUAAAGGCUCUUAUUUCUCUAGGAUAUAUUCCAAGGAGUGGGAUUGUUGGAUCGUAUGGUAGUUCUAUUUCUAGCUUUUUAAGGAAGUGCCAAAUCGAUUUCCAAAGUAGUUGUACCAUUUUACAUUCCCACCAGCAGUGUGUAAGUGUUCCGGUCUCUCCAUAACCUCUCCAGCAUUUAUUUUGUGUUUUUUGGAUUAAUGCCAGCCUUGUUGGAGUGAGAUGGAAUCUCACUGUAGUUUUGAUUUGCAUUUCUCUAAUGGCUAAUGAUUGUGAGCAUUUCCUCAUGUAUCUGUUAGCUACCUGAAUGUCGUCUUUAGUGAAGUGCCUGUUUCUACCCUUAGGCAGGUUACUUUUGAAGGAGUUUACAAGUAGAAAGUUCAUACAAGUUAUAUCAGCAACAUCCUUAAUCGUACUAUGAAGUCACAAUGGGGUUUACAGGUAACCUCCAAGCAAAAAGCAGAAUUCCAAUGCAAAGCUGGGGAGUUGGGAGGGGCGAAUCCCAGCAAAGGAAAUGAUUUUGCAAUACAACACUGUAGUGGAGGAAGCCAGGUAAAGAAUACAACACUGUGGGGAUUCUGUCUCACAUUUAGAGAGUUUCCAAAUUUUUACUAUCCUUAUGCAAAUCUGUAUACAGACUGCCACAUCUGUCUUCCACGUUGCAAUUAUUACUUACAAAUUCCUAGAAGUGAAAUUGCUGGAUCAAAAGCGAUUUUCAUUUGACACUGUGCUACAUAUUGCCAGGGGAGUCUCACAGAAAGUUUAUACCAAUUUACACUUUUACCAGCAGAAAUCCUGGUCUCUACCCUCAACACCACUGGUCAUUGUUGAUAGUUUUAAUCUUGAUUAAUCUGGCAGGUAAAAAGUAAUGCUUCACUGUUUUGUUGCGUGCUUAUUGACCAAUUGUAAUUGUUUGGUCUCUGUGAAUUUUUUUUUUUUUUCUCAGCACUUAGCCUGUUUGCCUUAUAUUGAUUUGAAAGAGCUCUUUGUAUCGUAGUAAUUUUAAUUCUUAGCUGUCAUAUAUUUUGCAAAUAAUUUUCUAGUUUAUCUUUUCCUUUUUAGCCUUGUAUAUGUUAUACACCACUGCACAAAGAUUUUACAUUUGUGUAAUCAAAUCUGUCAAUCUUUUUCCUUAUGUAUUUUGCCUUUGGGGCCAUGCUUAGAAGAAUUUUCCAAUCCUAGCCUAGCUCUUUUUUUUUUUUUUUUAACAUUUAAAACUUUAAUUAAUCUGAAAUUUAUUUUAGUAUAAGGAACAAGGUGGGAGGUGCCUUUUUUAUUGUUACUAUAUGGCUCAGCCAGUUGUCUCAUUAAUAUUCAUGGAAUGUUAUUUUUUCCCUUGUGAUUUGAAAUCGGAAACCCUGGUUGCAUAGUGGUUCAGGGCUACAGCUGCUAACCAAAGGGUCUACAGUUUGAAUGCACCAGGUAGGUGCUCCUUGGAAACUCUAUGGGGCAGCUGUACUCUGUCCUAUUGUGUCCCUGUGAGUUGGAAUUGACUCGACGGCAGUGGGUUUGGUUUUGGGUUGAUUUGAAAUCAUACCUUUAUCAUAUACUAAAGGUCUAUUUCUGAACUUUCUCUUUUGUUCUACUGAUCUAUUUCUGUGCCAGUGCCAUCUGCUGUAACUUUAAAAUAGGUUUUUCAUAUGAAGUAAAAGCAAGUUGCCACUCUUUCUAUUAAUUCUCAAAGUCAUCUCAGUUUUUAUUACGUAUUUAUUUAUGUACACAUAUGAGUUAUACAUAAAGAAUUAUUUGGUCAAAUUCCUCCCAAAGUCUUAGUAUUCUUCUUUGGGGGAAAAAAAAAAAUUUUUUUUUUUCUUUGGGAGGGGUGGUUAAAUAUAGAGUACUCUUGUCUCAGAACAUGGUAUGUGUCUCCAUUUAAUUUUCUUUGGCGUUCUUGUCUGGAGUAUUCUAGUUUUCAACAUACAAAGUAAUUCAUCCGUAUGUCUUGUUGUGUAUGUCCAGAUAUUUUGUAUUUUGUUAUCCUUUACUCUUGAGUCACCAUCUCAGGUCCUGCCCCUGAAAGUGCCUUCUGCAGCUUCUUACUGCUGGUGAUGCUGGGUUCUCUUACCCUGGCAAUGUCAUAUCAACAUGGCUCCUCUAGUAUAGUUACUCUCCAGGGUAUCUACUUGGCCCAUGGAAACCCACAGAUCCUUGCCAGGCCAAAUGGAGGACCACCCUUCAGCACUGGUAACUCCAGCCACAGAAUUGCCUUUGGUCUUCUUGCCCAUUAGACCCUUUAUCCUCAGUGGAAAUUAAGCCUGCCUUCAGUGUGUUUUUUUUUUUUUUCAGUGUGGCUCCCAUGACCUCUUGACCUUGCGUUUCUCAUCCUUGGGAUAAGACCCCAGACCAAUGUGUUCUUAGAAACUUUAGGGGAUAUGAGUCAAACUCUCUGAAUGGUGGUCCUCUUGAAGCUCCUCUUUCUAGGCUGGAGCUAAGGAAGAUCCCUGGCUCUCCACCAUUGUGGUAGGGUGAUAGAAAAUCUCAGCCCUCCAACAGUUUUCUCCAAAGAACAUCUGUCUUUUGACCUUUUCAUUUAAACAACUUUAUAUUCUCUUUUGGGUAUUAGGCAGAGCUUUGAACUGGUUCAUUCAGAUUUGAAUCCCUGCCGAGAAUAUGCGUUUCUAACAAGUUCCCAGGCCAUGCUAAUGAUUCUACCCCAGAUAUACUGAAUCAGAACCUACAUUUUAGAAAAGUCCCUGGGUGAUUCUUACGUAUGAUAAAUUUUGAGAACCACUGCUCUACUAAUGGUUUUCAGAAUUGGUUCCUAACCAGCAGCAUUAGCAUUGCCUCAGAACUUGUUAAAAACCACCCAGUACCAUCGAGUUGAUUAAAUGCAAAUUCUUAGCAGGGGUUCAAAUGGGAACAAACUGGUUGGAAAGCACUGGUAUUGGGCUGAGGGUCACAACACCAGUUAAAAAUCCUCAUUUAAGAAUAUGGAAGUACUUGCCACCUAUUACUUUCUUCUCAGUUGUUUGAGACUUUGGUCAAAACAAGAUAAAAAGAGUCCAACUUAGGGGCAAAGAAUAUGAAAAGACACUCCACAGGAAAAAAAAAUGGCCCUUAAAUAUGCUCAAUCUCACUUUAAGGAAAACGUGAAUUAGUAAGCUAUCAUUUCUCAUCUAUCAAGUUGAGAGAAAUCCAGAAGUAUGACAACAUACUCAAGAAGGUUAUGAGGAAAUAGGCACUCAAACAGAGUGGUAGUACAGAAUGAGAAUGCCACAACCUCAGUAGAAGGGAAUCUGGCAAUACUCGCCCUUUAACCCAGCAGUCCUACUUCUAGGACCUACACUGUGGAUUCGCCUAUACAUAUUCAAUGAUACAUGUACAAGGUUAUUCAUCAGGGCAUUGUUUAUAAUAGUAAAAGCUUGGAAACACCUAAACGUCUUUCACGAGGUAACUAGUUGAAUGAACUGUGGUACUUUUAUCUACACACUGGAAUGCUAUGCAGUAAAGAAAGGAAUAAGGAAGAACUCCAUGCACUGAUAUGGAGAGAUCUCUACGGUGUACUAUUUAGUGAAAAAAGCAAGAUGGCGAAUAACAUAUGUGGUAUCCUAUCUUUUAUGCAAAAAAGAGGGGAGACAAAAAUAUAUAUUUGUGUUUUUAUAGAGAAACACUGGAAUAAUAAUAAUGAACCAAAGAAAAUGGUACAAAUGGGGCAAGAAAGAAUGGGGCAGAGGUGGACAGGGUAAGAGUGAAUCUUUUCAGUGUUUACCUUUUUAUUUCAUUUUGAUUUUAAAUAUGUAAGUGUAUCACUAUUCAAACACGUAAAAAUAAAAUUUCAUUUAAAAAAAAGUGUUGCAUUUACUAUCCUGUUAACAACAUGUGUCUAAUCAAAACCCAGUGGGUAUUGCUUGGCUUAAAUCUCCUCUCAAAAACUGGUGGAAUGUCCAGGGCUGCCUUGAAGAUUUCUGAAAAUCCCAUGACGGGUUAAAGGUGGAUGCAUUACAUUCCCACAAUUGUUUUUAGGGUCUAGUUUCUGCUUCCUCUGAAUCAGUUCAGUUGAUGGAUCGUCUCACCAUCCUGUGUGUGGUCCCUGUUAUAUGUGCAUUGAUUCCCCCUCAUCCUGGCCCCCCAGCUCCUUUUAAUGAUUUCCACUUAAAUCUCAUUAAGGACUCUGGGCAUUCAGGUAAUGUUAGUGAAUGGGGAGUGUAUUCGUUUUCUAUUCCUGCUGUAACAAAUUACUAUAAACCUGGCGGCUUAAGACCACACAAAUUUAUCAUCUUAUAGUUCAGGAAGUCAGAAGUCCAACACAGGUUUCACUGGGCUAAAAUCAAGGGGUUGGCCAGGCUGUGUUCUUUCUGGAGGCUCCAGGGGAGAAUCCAUUUCUUUGCCUUUUCCAGGGUCUAGAGGCUGCCUGCAUUCCUUGGCUUGUGACUUUUUUUCCAUCUUCAAGCCAGCAGUGUGACAUCUUCAAAUCUAUCUCUGACUCUGACACUCCUGCCAGCCUCUUUCACAUCUAAAGACACUGGGGUUAUAUUGGUCCUUCCCAGAAAAUCCAGCAUAAUCUCCCCAUUUUAAGAUCCUUAACUUAAUCCCGUCUACAGAGUUCUUUCUGUCAUGUAAGGUAGCACUCACAGGCUCUGGAGAUUCAGAUGUGGCUAUCUUUGGGGGCCAUUGUUCUGCUUACCGGAGAGUAUUAUGUUUCUGGUAUGCAAAUAACUUAAAAGUGAGCAUUGGGUAUCCUUGUUCCUCAGAAUUCUCUUGCCUCUCUUUUUCCCUUCCCAUUUUCAUUCUUUAUUUAUCCUGUUGCCAUUGAGCCAAUUCUGACUCAAAGAAAAAAAAAAAAGAGACCAUAUAAAACAAGACUAACUUUUUUUUUUAAUUGUACUUUA